CUUACUAAAAUCAUAUUUUCCCCAUUAUAAUUAAAAAAAAAAUCCAAUAAAAAGCAAAAUUUCGUUUUGUUUAUUGAUUUCCUAGUUGUUAUUGUCCUUUGUCAUGAGCAACCUAAAAAACUCAUAAUCGAACCUUCAUCCAAACACCUUUUUCUUUCAUUAACCAAACAAUCUUUUCAUGUUCAUUAGACAAACUCUUUGUGCACCAUUAUUCUUCUUUCUUUUUUUUUCCAAAAAUAACAAAUAAUAAAUAAUACUCAUCAACCAAUAUCUAUCCUUUAUUAUUAAUAUAAAUCCAUAACUCCAAUUGCUAUUAACCCACAAAUGAAGGAAAAUAAAAGAGGCAAGAGUUUUUGUUACUAGGGACAUGAGAUGAUGCAAAGGAACUCUAACAACACCACCACCACCACAAACAUCUCCAAUAACUCAUCGUCGCAUCAAGCUUGUGCAUCAUGUAAACAUCAAAGGAAGAAAUGUAACAAUGAAUGUAUCCUAUCGCCGUAUUUCCCAGCCCGCAAGACCAAAGAGUUUCAGGCCGUGCACAAGGUCUUCGGUGUCAGUAACGUACAAAAAAUGGUACGGACCGUACGUGAAGAGGACCGUACCAAGCUCUCUGAUUCUUUGACAUGGGAAGCUCUCUGGAGACAGAAAGAUCCGGUCCUUGGCUCCUAUGGAGAGUAUAGGAGGAUUUGUGAAGAGCUCAAGUUAUACAAAAGCUUGGUUCAUAACCAACCUCUUAUCGGUAAUUGGGAUAAUAAUCAACGAGUGUUCAGCAAUAAUAGUAACAACAAGAACGGGUUAGCUAUGAAUUCGAGUGGCUCGGGAGGGUUAAGUGUUAACAACAACGGUGUUGGUGUGAAUCGGGAGAUUGUCAACGUUGGAUAUACAUCAAGGAAUGUGCAAGGUGGCUGGGAAAAUUUGAAGCAAGAUCAAAGGCAACAAUGUUAUGCAGUGAUUAAUGGUUUCAAACAACACUAUGUCCCACUCUAAGUAACAAGCUAUGAUGUUUAAUUGUUGAGCUUUUUCUUGCAA